AUGAUAUCAAGGUUGAAAAUAAUAACGAAAAAUGGCAGAAAUCUAAAACCUCAUAGAUUAUAUGCAACAACAACAACAUUAUCCACACCAAAUUUAGAAAUGACAACUCUUAAUAAUGGAUUAAAAUUAGUAACGGAUUCGACUCCAGGACAUUUCAGUGCAUUAGGAGCAUACGUUGACGCAGGUUCAAGAUAUGAAGAUCCACAAAACCCAGGAUUAUCUCACAUUCACGAUAGAUUAGCUUGGAAAUCUACAAAAGAUUUUAGUGGGUUACAAAUGAUUGAAAAUUUAUCUAAAUUAGGUGGUAACUAUAUGUGUUCUGCCCAAAGAGAAAGUAUGAUUUAUCAAGCUAGUGUAUUCAACAAAGAUGUUGAACAAAUGCUAGAAGCAAUUACUCAAACUAUAAGGUACCCCCAAAUAACAGAUCAAGAAUUGUUAGAAACUUUGCAAACUGCUGAUUAUGAAGUUCAAGAGUUGGGAUAUAAACAUGAAUUACUAUUACCUGAAGAAUUACAUUCUGUUGCUUACAAAAACAAUACACUAGGUUUACCCUUAUUUGUACCGAAAGAAAGAAUACCACUAAUUACCAAAAAUGAUAUAAUAAAUUACCAUAAUAAAUUUUUCCAACCUCAAAAUAUAGUCAUUGCAAUGGUUGGAGUACCUCAUCAAAUAGCACUAAGUCUAGUUGAAAAGAAUUUUGGAGACUGGGAAUCGAACGGAAUUAAACCAGAUAAGGGAAUCAAGAAUUAUACAGGUGGAGAAAUAUCCUUACCACAUCAACCUCCAUUAUACGCCAACCAACCAGAGCUUUACCAUAUGCAAAUUGGAUUUGAAACUACUGGGUUAUUAAAUGAUGAUUUAUAUUCAUUAGCUACAUUACAAAAAUUAUUAGGUGGUGGAUCAUCAUUCUCAGCUGGUGGGCCAGGAAAGGGGAUGUUUUCAAGAUUAUACACUCAAGUAUUGAACAAAUAUCCAUUCGUUGAAAAUUGUAUGUGUUUCAAUCAUUCAUAUUUAGACUCUGGAUUAUUUGGUAUAACAUUGAGUCUUGUACCUGAAGCUGGACAUGUUUCAUCACAAAUUAUAAGUCAUGAACUAUCUAAAUUAUUACAAUUUGAUGAAAAAUCAGGUGGAUUAAAAGAAUCUGAAAUAAAAAGAGCUAAAAAUCAAUUAAUAAGUUCUAUUUUAAUGAAUGUUGAAAGUAGAUUAGCUAAACUUGAAGAUUUAGGUAGACAAAUUCAAUGUCAAGGUAAAGUAACAACAAUUGAUGAAAUGGUUGAAAAAAUAAGAUCAGUUGAUGUUAAAGAUUUAAGAAAUGUUGCUGAAAAAGUUUUAACUGGAAAUAUUAAAACUUCAAGUGGUACAAGUUCUGGUCAACCAUCAGUUGUUAUGCAAGGCGAUAGAGAAUCAUUUGGUGAUGUUGAAUAUAUUUUAAGGAAAUAUGGAUUAGGGAAAUUCAAUGGACCUGAAAUUAAUGACCCAAGAGAUUUUUCUAAGAAGAAAUCUUGGUUUUAA